GUUAUUUGGUGGGCUAUGAGAAAAUUAGGUGUGGAUGAGUGGCUAGUUACGAUGGUACAGUCUAUGUACAGCAAUGCUAGAAGUUGUGUCAGGAUUAACGAUUCACUUAGUGAUGAAUUUAGUGUAAAUGUUGGUGUACAUCAGGGUUCUGUACUUAGUCCUUUGUUGUUUAUUCUAGUCUUAGAAGCGCUGUCGAUGGAGUUCAGAACAGGUUGUCCAUGGGAGUUAUUGUAUGCAGAUGAUUUGGUUCUCAUAGCAGAGUCGAUGGAAGAAUUAGUUGAAAAGUUUGAGAAGUGGAAGAAAGGACUAGAAGAGAAAGGGCUAAAGGUAAACACAGCAAAGUCUAAAGUCAUGAUUAGUAGCAUUGCAGCCAAGUGUGACCUUGUAGUUGGAAAGUGGCCUUGUGGAGUUUGCAGGAAAGGGGUUGGUAGUAACUCAUUUUUUUGUCAGACUUGCAAGCAUUGGGUACAUAAGAAGUGCAGUAGUAUUAGUGGAAGGUUAAGAGCUUACAUACAGUUUGUAUGCAAGCAUUGCAAAGGUGAGAUUAUAGAGAAUGAAGUAUUUCCAGCUUUAAUGAUGUACAACAGUGGCUCAUUAGAGAUAGUUGAGAACUUCUGUUACUUAGGUGAUAUGUUGGGCAGUGAAGGGGGUGUUGGAAGAAGUGUUACUUGCAGGAUAGGUUCUGCUUGGAAAAAGUUCAGAGAGUUACUUCCUUUGUUGACUAGCAGAGUCCUCUCAAUUGAGGUAAAAUUGUAA